GUACCUCGCCGUACCUCGGUACAAGUGACAAUAAUAAACCAAUACCAAUAUUUGAUCUCCAUUUAUCAUUUUAUUGCUCUUCUUGGGGUCCAGCUACCAUCGAUAUAUAGUUCUAAAAACAGAAAAUGCUGGAAACACUCAGCAGGUCAGGCAGCAUUUGUGGAAAGAGCAACACACACAAAAUGCUGGAGGAACUCCGCAGGUCAGGCAGCAUCUAUGGGGGGGGGGGGGGGGGGGGAUGGUAUGGAAAGAAAAACAGUGUUUCAGGUCGAAGACGCUUCCUCAGAAUUGGAAAAGAGAGAAAAUAGAUUUUCACCGGGAUGUAGUUUAUUCAUUCUGAGAUUGUUGCUAUGCAUUCUGUUAUCCUCGUGGUUCGUGCUGCAGAAUGGAGCAACAUUUUAAUGGCUAUCAGUUAAAGCAAACCUUCCCCUGAGAUGUCUGGGUAGAAAUGACUGCCUCUGAUCUUUUUGUACAGAUACUUAACAGGUGUCUACCGGAUUCCUGCUAAUGGAUUAACGCCUCCGAGAGAUUUGUUUUUUAAACGAGUGCAAUGAGCAUUUGUACGGUAGUAUCAACAACAAUAUUUUUUCUCGCAUCGUUUCUGUUUCUUAAGCAUUUGUCUAUAUAUAAGCCUUUUCGGAAAUAUGCAUUUGUCGGGGGUUCUCAUGUAACCACGCUUCACAAAAUUAUGCUAUGUAGAUCUGAGGUGUGAUAUCGCGUAUAUUUUUUGCCGUUUGGUUUAAUGACGUGGUACAGAUAAUGUACCACUGAAGCUUCGAUCGAUGCACGUUUCUAAGGUAAGGGCAAUGAUUGUUUUGCUGAAGUAAACCGGAGUCACAUCUCACGCAUAACGGUAAAUGCCUAGCUUCAAGGAAAUUGUUCUAUUUUAUUACCAUGUCACUUGCCUUCCUAACAUCUGAACGUGUCAGUGUUAAGACGCCGUGUUGAGGCACUGCCGACGCUGUUUCACAUUUCCUUGGCUCAGUGUCGAAAUAGCAAGAUCCAGCUCCUGGCGUUGUAUUAAUAUUCCUGUCCUAUCAAUUGUUGUGUCGCUAUCCACGUCAGCCUGGCUGAUUCCUGCGCUUCGCAUUUCCACCAAGGUUAGAACGGCACAAAGGCCAUUCGGAAAUACCUAAGAUUAGAGAAAACGACUACAGCCACUUCCAACCCACCUGGAUCCUUCGAUUUUUUUUAUUGCUAAGGUGAAAUAAAAAGCCGCUGUGACUGCCCUACCCCGGGAGAAUUAAAAGCGAGAUCGUUCUCACGUAAGAUUCCUGCAGCCGUCAAAUUCUUAAUGGAAACUCCUAAAUCUUCGAGAUGUGAAUUUCUGCCCGAUGAAAUCACCAUCCCAAACAGUACGGAGCAUGCUAACAUUAGGAUAUUUCGUCUGAUCCUAGAUAGUGGUGACUCUGAAGCAUGUUGAAAGACGAAAGCCAGCGCCCGCUUUGCAGGCUCAAGGUUAUGUAGGGGAGGAAAGAGAGGGAAAAAUAAAGAGAAAGCAUCUCUUUUCUUGUGUUUUGAGCGCCUACUUCUUUCCCGGAGAGCGCGAUCCGUCGCAACCCGCCUCACCCCUAGCGAGGACCAGUUCAUCUUGGAUGUGUAUGCAUGAGUUCUGUACUGAAUGGGCGCAAAAUCCGCCCCAAGUCGCCCGGCUCCAUCCUCCACGUCGGGAAGGCGCAGUACAGAGAAGCGGAGCGGAGAGGCAGCUCCGAGAGCGGCGCCAAGUCCUUCCGAGCCCUGGACGAGUGUAGGAUGAUGGUGCAAGACUUCAACACCCAAGUAGCCCUUUACCGUGAACUGGUCAUUUCCAUCGGAGAUGCCUCCGUGGAUUGUCCCUCCCUGCGAUCUGAAAUGCAGAAGACGCGGACCAAGGGUUGUGAGAUGGCACAAAGCGCACAUCAAAAACUCUCCGCAAUCUCGGGGGCUGAAGAUGGGGAAAUCCAUCCAGAAAUCUGCAGGCUUUAUAUCCAACUCCAGUGCUGUCUGGAGAUGUAUACAACAGAGAUGCUGAAAUCAGUUUGUCUACUAGGAUCCCUUCAACUUCAUUGGAAAGAAAAGGACACCUUGGUGGUUCCCAAAGUGAUAGACAGUAGAAAGGAAGAGAGUUCCCAAGCUCCAAUUUUAGAAGAUACACCAUCCUCUCCUCUCCAAGACCUUCAACCGUAUUCGUGGCAUGUUUCCACAGAUAUAGAAAAUACUGAAAGAGACAUACGAGAAAUGAAAAAUCUUCUAAGCAAACUCAGGGAGACUAUGCCUUUACCAUUAAAGAACCAAGAUGAUAGCAGUCUCCUCAAUCUGACUCCAUAUCCACUAGUGAGAAGGAGGAAACGAAGAUUCUUUGGACUUUGCUGCCUUGUGUCAAGCUAGGAUACUGAAAGGAACUGAAAGAAAAAAUUAAAUAAUCAGAGACUCUACUGAAGAGAGGUGCAUUCAGAACUAAUCUUUGGAAGCAGAGUGGUCUGUCUGGGAGACAGGCUUCCUGGAAGUACAGUGGAAGCAAUUGGUAUUAAUUCAUUCAAAUGUAAUUAAGAAUGAUUUCUUUCUGAAAACACUUUGGGAUAUGCCAUUCGAGUAGUCUGAGAUGCAACAUUUGGUAAGUGCAGAAUGCUUGGGAGGGAAAGGUGAUUUUGGACCAAUGAUGCCAAACCUUUCAACCACUGAGGUUUUGUUCACUUUAUAUUUGGAUCUGCUAUAAACAAAUGGUUAGAGCUUGAUAGCUGUGGUUAGUCAACACUCCCAUUAUCAUUGUAGCAUGUGACUAUCAAGGUGGUAGGAGGAAACCUGAAAGAGCUUCUGUUUGUUUUUGUCUGACAUUAUUUGUAUUUCAAUUUGAAAACUCAGAAUUCUUGGAACAUAGAACAGUACAGCAAAGGAACAGGCCCUUCGGCCCACCGUGUCUGUGCCAACCAUGAUGUCUAUCUAACUGAUCCCAUGCACUAGCACAUGGUUUGUUUCCCUCCAUUCCCUGUCUGUUCAUAUGUCAUUCUAAAUGCCUCUUAAACAUUAUUAUUGUAUCUUUUUCCACCACCUGUCGUGGCAGCAUGUUCCAGGCACCUACCACUCUCUGUGUAAAAACAAAACUUGCACAUCCCCUUUAAAUCCCUCCCCCCCCCACCUCAACUUAAACCUAUUCCCUCUAGUAUUUGACAUAUCCAUUGUGGGGGCAAAAUGACUCUGACUAUCUAUGCCCCUCAUAACUUUAUAUACUUCCUGCAGGUCCCCCCUCAGCCUCCGAUGCUCCAGAGAAGACAAUCCAAGUUUAUCCAAUAAUAUCCUUAUAGUUAAUACUCUCUAAUCCAGGCAACAUCCUGGUCAACCUCUUCUGAGCCUCUCCAAAGCCUCCACAUCCUUCCUGCGAUAUGGCAACCAGAACACUCUACUCCAAAUGUGGCCUAAGUAAAGAUUUAUACAGCUGCAACAUGACUUCCCAACUAGUAUCCUCAAUGCAUUGUUAUUAAUAUGUAUAGUAGAAGAUACUUUAGGCAUAGAAUGAAGAAGCAAGCAAUACUAAUAUAAAUCAAAUUCAGCUGGCAGUUUCCAACUUUGCCACCUGAGUGCUGAACUGGUGAUGGAGAUCUCCCUGUCACUUGAACAAAAGUCAGUCAGGUUCACGAGGUCAUUCCCCAGAGGCUGAAGCUGAAAGUGAUCACCUUAAUCUGUCUUGAGACAAGAAGUCAAUCUUUACCAGCAAAGAGGGACUCAUUUGAAAAUACUUUGUGCUAUCUGGUGCAAGAUGUUUCUCAAAGAAAUCUAGCAACUAACCUGCAAAAUUGCUAUUUGGAGUGCAAAAGACUGACAUUCCCCUAUGCUCAAUCUUAUAAUUUUUGACAAUAGUUCAACAAAACUGCAGGAAAUACUCAGCAAGUCAGGCAGCAACUUUGAAGUUAGAAACAAAGCCAAUAUUGCAAAUCCUAUUACAGAUAAUAUUUUAUUUUCCUUUCAUAUCAAAUAAUUUUAUUGCACAUGUACAUAUAUUAAACAAAGGCUUAAUUUUCAGCAAUGUAAUAGACGUCACUCCCAGCACUAUAAAUUCAGCCUUCAGUAUCAUGCUGUGUGUUUGUUUAAUUUUGUUUAAAUGAAAAGAAUGACUCAAUCUAAUGUGCAAUAUAUCAAAAUAUAAAGUGUAUCUAUAACUAUGUAUACAAUUACCUUGUAGCAAUUAUGACAUUUUGUUAAUAAUAGAAAAUAAAAGCAUGAUAUCUACAUAUUAAGAAUUGUGUAAUGUUUGAUGUUCUUAGAUAUGCCAGAGAUAAUUCUGACUGUUUAAUGCAAACACAUUUUACAUUAAUUAAAUAAUUAUUAUGUUAAAUCUUAGUGUUGACGUUCUUUUGAUGAGUAUUGUUACUGAUGAAAUUGGAUCUUUUGCAUCGCUGAAAGUAUGUGCAUACUUCCGAAAGAAGACAGCAUUGGCAAACCAGAGGGAGCUUGCUUCUAACAGAAGAUGAGCAGAGAAAUAGAGGCAUUAAAAACAUGAAACACA